CUUUACUGUGUAUUUCCCAGUUUGAUAAUUUUUGGUGAUGAGAGAAAUAUGAAAUCCAGCAUUUACGGUUGAAACAAAUUAGUGGUAUUAUAGUCAAAGAGCUCAAGUGGAGCAUUUAAAAGCAUGUAGUCAAGCUAUGUGAUUGGUUGAUUUCGAAAAUCAUAUGAAGAUUGUAUCCACCAUACAAUAAAGUUACAUGCCAGUAAACUGCAGAUAUGACUGCCCGUUCCAUUGGCUUUGGACAAUUUAAAGGGUGACAUAGAGAUGUAACCAUGGAAAUAUUGAGGAUGAAUGUAGAAUCUUUGUCAGAUGAGAAACAGAAUACUUUAUUUGAAGUCAAAUUGCUGGAAAGUGAAGAAGAAACUAGUAAGGCAUCACCCAGAGAAGCUGAUUCCUCAGAAAAAGGAUUUUGUCAUUCCAUUGUUGUCCUUGGAAAAGAGAAAGAAGAAAUAGAAGAAAAAUAUAAAGUAACAGAUGAGAUUGAGAAAACAUUUGUGAGAAUAAAAACAGAGCAACAUGGUGAUUUACCAAAAGAUGGCAUUAUUUCCAAGUUCAGUGAGAGUGAUGAUGACAUUCUAGAUUGUUCAGAAUAUGAUUAUAUGAAAGUUAAGAAAGAAAAUGAAGAAGCUAAAGAAGAACUACAACAAACUGUGUUUGGGUUUGAAGACGCAUCAUAUUUAAAGACCUACAUGACCAACCAAUGUGGAAACCAGUUUCCCACUUGUCUUACUUUCUCCAAAGACCUUUUUUGUAAAAAGACAGUAAUCUGUGAAUCUCAGAAAUCGAACAGUUGUUUGUUUGGCAAAGCUCGUUCAAAGGAGAAUAAUGAAAAUUGUGAACAAAUUUACCAUAAUGGAGUUGAACCAUACUAUUGUAUUGUGUGUGGUAAAGAAUUUAGAAACAGUAUUGAACUAAACAUACAUCAGAGAGAACACUCUGGGGAAAAACCGUUCAGUUGUGAUGUCUGUGGGAAAAAAAUUAAAACUAAAGCUAAGCUAGAAAUACACCAGAGGGGACACACUGGAGAGAAACCAUUCAGUUGUGAAAUUUGUGACAGAAAGUUUUCACAGAGUUCAUGUCUAAAAAGACAUGAGAUUACCCACAGUGGAAAGAAACUCUACAGCUGUGUUUUGUGUGGCAAGAAAUUUUCAAGAAAAGCUUAUCUAAAGGAACAUCAGAUUACUCACAGUGGGAAUAAACCAUACAGUUGUGAUGUAUGUGGUAAAGAAUUUGGAACAAAUGCUUCUCUAAAAAGACAUCAGAGAAUACACACUGGAGAGAAACCAUAUUGUUGUGAUGUCUGUGGUAAAGAAUUUGCAAGAAAUAAUAGCUUAAAACAGCAUUUUAAAAUGCACACUGGAGAGAGACCAUACUGUUGUGAUGUAUGUGGCAAAACAUUUUUCCGAAGGUCAAAUUUAAGAAAUCACCAAAUCAAUCACAGUGAAAAUAAACCAUAUAUUUGUGUGGUGUGUGGCAAAGACUUUGGGAGUAAAAGAGGUCUGAUACAACAUCAGUGGAUUCACACUGGGAAGAAAUUAUACAGUUGUAGCAUCUGUGACAGGGAAUUUGCAACCAGUUCAUAUCUAAAAAUACACUUGUUUAUACACACUGGAGAUAAACCUUAUAGUUGUGACGUGUGUGGCAAAAAAUUUGUAAUGCAAAGUUAUGUUAAUCAACAUCAAAAAAUACACACAGUGAAGAAACCAUACAACUGUGAUGUCUGUGGUAAAGAAUUUGCAAUGAAAAGUUAUGUCAAUAGACAUCGAAGAGUACACAGAGGUGAGAAACCAUAUAGUUGUAAUGACUGUGGCAAAAAAUUUGCAACAAAUGCUAAAUUAAGAAGACAUUGGAUGAUUCACACUGGGGAGAAACCAUAUAGUUGUGAUGUCUGUGGCAAAGAAUUUGGAUUAAAUGCUAAUCUAAAAAGACAUCAGAGGAUUCAUACUGGGAAGAAACCACAUACAUGUGAUGUUUGUGGAAAAGAAUUUGGAAGAUAUGCAAAUCUGAAAAGGCAUCAGAGGGUUCACACUGGGGAGAAACUGUAUAGUUGUGAUGUUUGUGGCAAAGAAUUUGGAAGAAAUGCUAUUCUUAAAAGACAUAAAAAGAUUCAUACCAUGGCUAAACCACACAGCUGUGAUAUCUGUAAGAAAAAAUUUGGAAAUAAUAGUAGUCUAAAAAGACAUCAGAGGAUACAUACUGAAAAAUAAAAUCAUAUUGUUGCAAUGCCUGUGGCAGAGAAUCUGGAAGAAGUAAUAGCUUAAAAAAAAGUGAGAAAUGCACACUUAGGAUAAACCAUAAUGUUCUGAUAUGUGUAUUAAACUAUUCAGAAAAUAUAAUAACCUAAAAAUCAGUAUAAAAUACUCAGGGAAGAAACCUUACAGUUUCGAUGGCAAAGUAUUUGGAAGCUUCAGAAAAUGCAUACACAGUGAAAAAUCAAUCAGAUGUAGUACCUGUGCCAAGUAAUUUUUCCAGAGCUUAUCUCUAAAUAAACAAUAGAUUUAGUGUAUUAGGGAAAAAUGAUCAAUUUUAUUAUCAGUAUGUAAGUUAUUAUUUUUUAAGCAGAAACAUAUAUAAAGGAACUUCAGAAGACAAACAUUCUCAAAAAACUGUACAGUUAUGAUUAUAUAAAUAAUUAAUCAUUGAUGACAAAAGUAACAUACAAUACACACUUUGGAGAAGUGAAACAGUUGUGAUAUCUGUGGUAUGGAAUUUUCCAAGAAUAUAGAUUUUAAAAAGCAUUUAUUGUGAAGCUUGUGGCAAAUAAUUUUUAUUGAUAAGACAACCAGAAGAAUAACAUUGAUUCUCACUGGGUUGAAACAUGUAGAAUAUGCAAAAGUGUAUUUACUUAUAGUUUAUUUUUCAACAAACUUCAGAUUACCUACAAUAGAAAAAAAGGGAGAAGCUGUAAUGUUUUAGUUAUGAAUCUGGAAAGACUAGUCACUUAAUAACAAUGUACACUUUGUAGAAACCAGAUAGACAUGAUGUGUCUGGUAAAAUGCAUAGAAACUAUAGAGAUUAUUUUAAACAUGCUACUUCUAUGUGACUAAUGAUAAGGUAAUAUGCAUCUUAAUGAUUGGUUUAUAAUAAUGAUAUUGUUAAAUGUGAUUUGUAUCUUCACUGCUUGAAAACUACAUGCUUGUAGUUCUGGCUAUCAAAACAAUGUAUCAAUUUUAACUAAAGAGUAAGAAAAAUAGUGAAUUUCAUCAACUAUUAUUUAGUACUUCAAUACACUUUUUUAAGCUAUAUUUAAAUGUACUGAAAUUUACAUGUUUAAAUGUAUAGUAAUUUUUACCAGUUGGAAGACACAGACAUAUGGACCUUAAUAACUUCUAAAUGAAAUCUUGUUAAUAUAUCAACUAAUUUCUUCAGAAUUGUUUAAAAUAAUAAUGAAGUCUGUUGUAGUUUGUUACUUUUGACUUAUGUAUGUACAUAUAAACUAAUGAAAAGGUUUUAAUUGCAUACUCCUGGCUGGACAACUUCAGUAAACUUACUUUGUGUUUGGUGUUCCAAUACAUUAUAUACCUUACCUUUUAGUCAAGAUUGUGGCUUUAUUGAUUCAAGCUCAUCUAGACAGUUGAAUGCAACUGGUAUAAAGGUAGUAUUAUAUGGUUAUCCUUUUGGUCAGUUCUAUAUGGUGCACAAAGGGGAAAGUUAAUAUGGUAUAAUUCAGUGAAAUGUAUAGCUCAGAAUGAAAAUAUUAAUAUAUUUCAAAAAUUAAUUUUAUUUCUAAGGGUAAAAGGUUUUUAAUUCUUAAAAAAAUUAUGAUGUUAUGUUUGAAAUGCUUGUGUGUUGUAUUGUACAGUUUACUUAGUUUGUCCAUGUUUCACUACAUGCAGUUGAUUAACGCUAACCAUUGUGUACAAGUAAACAAGUCAGGCUACUGGUAGUUGAACAUGAUGGUGAGCUUUAACUUUUCUUUUAGUCUCAUUGGUACAAAUAGCUUUUUAUAAUAAAAUACAACUUUAGAAAAUAUAUGUUGCACAGAAAAUUAUUCUGAUAUCAGUGUAAUAACAUCAUUUUUUACAAAAAUGUCAACUAGUUUCAUCUUGAUAUUUCUCAAUUUUAACUCAUAAAUUAUUGUACUUUUAAUCU